AUGGCCUCAGAAGUGAAAGCUGUGGGAAUAAUCAUAUUUCGUUGUUUAACAAAAAAUAACACCUUUCAAUACCUACUGCUCCGGCAUUCUUAUGGUGAAAAGCAUUGGACGCCACCCAAAGGACAUGUUGAUCCCGGAGAAGAUGAAAUAACUGCUGCUAUUAGGGAAACUCAAGAAGAAUGUGGACUGGGCCCCAAAGAGUAUACUUUCGUUGAUGGUUUCAAACAUACGCUGUUUUAUCAAGCUUGGGGUAGAAAUAAGGCAGUUCAUUAUUGGUUGGCUAAAGUUAAUGAUAAUGACUGUACUAUAAAGUUGUCACAUGAGCAUCAGGACUUUAAAUGGCUGGCACUCAGUGAUGCAUGUGACCUUGUUGGUUACAAAGACACACAGAGCCUUUUAAUGACUGCAGAGUCUUUCCUACUUAAGGAGAAGUAA